GCAAGUGAAUGAAUGUGUGUACGCAGAAAUGACGAACCGCACACAACCGCUCUGAUAUGGGAUUUUGGGUAGGCUAAAGACUACCACCGGACAACUGAUUUUAAAGCGGAUCUCUGUAUCAUAUCAGAAGCAUGUCAGCUUUUGUGGCCCAUCCCUCGGUUCGUAUCAGGGGAACAGAAAAUACAUACACACCUGUGCUGUGUCAGGAUGAGAAGUGUGCAGGGCAGGAGAAAGGAGUGCACAUGCACUGCCCACUGUGUUCUGUUGCAGAGGCUUACCAAGACCCUGUCAUCCUGCGAGCUCACUUCCGCAUCAAACAUGUGGACAAAGGCAUAGACUUUGCAGCAGGCUUGAAGGUGCUUCGAUGCUGUAACCAUUGUGAAAUUGUGGGCACUAUUAAAGGAGAAAAAAGGUUUAAGGGUGCUCAUUGGCACUGUUACCGCUGCAGAAAUGGUUUCAACAGGAGGGACGAAGCCAUCAAACACUAUAAGACGCACUUUCGAAAUCCCCACACCACAUUUCAAAUACAAGUCACACAGAAUGUGAAUUGUCGACAGUAUUAUGGAGAGAGUUCAGAGGCUCAUGCUAAAGCAUAUGAAGGACUGGCAGUGAGUUUUGGACCAGGUGGAGACGACACUAGCAUUGGAUCAAUCUUAACCCAGCCCAUCCUGACCGCUGGUUCUGAAACCCUAUUGACUGUGGAGCCAAAGGAAGAUGGUGAGAGAAAUGGAAUCCCAUUGGGUGCUGAGGAGGAGGUGGGGUCUUCCCAGCAUCCAUCUGAUGGGACACAGACUCUAGUCCUUAUGGACCCUGAUGGACAGGGAAGCAGUGUGAUCUAUGACACAUCCGCUGGUAUUCUCACUGAACAGGAGGCUGAGGGUUUUGAACAGGCUUUGCUACAGAAACGACUCCUGGAACUCCACCAACAGAUUGACACACUACGCCAAGAGAAGGAGACUAUGGAGAAGACACUACAGACUGAAAUAAAACAGCUUAAAGAGCAGGUUGCAAGCCUGGUUCAGUCUAAUGUAAGGAUGUUUGAGGAACUGCAAGCAUAUCAAUGUCCAGACCACAGCCAGCAAAAGUUGGUCAAACUCAUGGAGAGUCUUGAAGCUCAGCAUAAAGAAUUGCUGCAGGUGCAGCUAGCCUCACUCAGGAGAGAGCUCCUCACUGGUGCAUACAACAUGCCAAUCAAUGGCCACAAGGGGACACUGGAGCUCAGUGUAGAUCCAGAGGAAACACAAGCUGAAGCAAUCAGUGGCACUUUAACAGGACUGGAAGAUAUGGAUGUUCAACUACAAACUGAGCAGCAUGAGGCGUUAAAAUCUUCAGAGAUGGGAUUAGAGCCAGCUGAUUCAGUGCCCCGUUUGGAGAGCCCUAGCUUGGACAUAGAUUUGCCAAACACUGGCUUAACCACAUCCAAGGUUUUAGAGGAUAAACAGCAAGUGACAUUGGCGUUUAUGUCACCUAAGAAACGCAGCUCAGUGGAUGACUCCGAAGAGACCGUAGAAACCAAAGUACAGAGAGUCUGUUAAGAGUCACUUUACAUUACAAAUACGCCAUUCCUUUUCCACUAUUAGGAAUUGUGGUUACCUUGGCCACACAAUUGCUGGCCAAAAAUUAUAUACGUAUAGUGAUCUGUCCAUAUUCUAUCCCUGGUGAAAUACACUUGAACAGUUUUAUCUGUUUUUAGAGAUACAGGUAUUUGAUUUUGCCUUACUAGUAGUGGGCAAAAAAACAAAAAAAAAACAAAACAAAUCAUGAGUGAUUGUUAUUUUUCUAUGAUCCAAAAUGUUCGACAGAAAAUGUAUUGUACAUAUUUAUAUGUAAACUACUGUAUGUACUCAAGCAGAGCUGGACAUUUUGAUUCACAGGUUGUAACCAUGCAUACAUGUUGUGGUGAUGUGUGCGUGGCCGAGCGACGUCUGUGGAGAGCAAGGAUGGGAGAGGAAGAACGGUAAGGAUUGAAAUUAUGUCUAACAGCUGUUGUGUUACAGUGAGAGCUGGAGCGGGAUAAGAGGGCAGUCCAGACUGCCGGAAGGAGAGAGAGAGAGAGAGAGAGACGCAUGCAGCAGAGUGAUUGUGUGUGUGCAUUGUUGCUAAAAAGCAAAGACCUUUGUGUGUAGACUGAAAAGUGUGGAAAAUAAAAGCUUACGAAGAUUGAUCCGGCUCCCGCUUCCUCCUUCACGAAGAGAGUUAAAGAACCUGUCACAAUGGUGCUGAAACCCGGGAUUAGGAGGAAGAAAACACCAUCAUGGAGUCUUCACCGCUGGCUGAACUGUUCAAGACCCUCACCAGCAUCCACCAAACACAAAGGGUUUUGCUUUUCAUUAACAAUGCACACACAAUCACUCUGCUGCAUGCAUCUCUCUGUCUCUCCCCUUCCAGCCAUCUGGACUGCCCUCUUAUCCCUCUCCAGCUCUCACUGUAACACAACAGCUGUUAGAGAUAAUUUCCUACACGUGUCCUUACUGUUCUUCCUCUCCCGGCCUCACUCUCCACAGGCGUCACUUGCCCACGCCCACAUCUCCACACAUGUUUUAUAUACUAAAUGUUGCUGUUUUAUGCUACAUUGUCUUCUCAAAUGUGCUCUGAUGCUCUUAUGAUUCAAAGGAUGUUUAUAUUGGAUUGUCUAAGGGUGACAUUAGCCGAAAAGAAAACUCAAUUUGAUGAAAGAUUACAGAGAUUGACCUUUGAACAAGACCAGGAACGAGAAUUAAAAAAGUAGAAAGGGUCAAUUUUGAUUUCAUGUAAGGGUGACAUAAAUGGUUAGUCAGGAACUAUAGAUCUACAGUAAAUGGUAGUCCUGUUUUAAAUCCUAUUUCAACUCUUAUGGUCUUUUUACACUUGAAAUUGUUAACCCCGGGUAAUCAGAAUCCUUGAUUAUCCUGUUCCAUGUUUCACACCGUUCAUACUUUAUCCUUGGUUAAUAAUCAGGUGAGGUCUUUGCCAUGGUGGUAGGGUGUAUUUGAUGACGUAAUCUGGACAAAGAAGCUACUUGAUGUGGACAAAUGUAAAUGUGCUGUGUUCUGACCAGGUGAUAGCAUGUUAAUGCCAAGUGUAAACGGGGCCUAUAUCCCAUGCAAGAAAGGCUUCACUGAGCUGUGUUAAAUACCCUUUUGCAAAACGUUUUAGCUAAAUUACUAAUCACUUCAGAUCAGUGACAUGACGUCUGUUUAGAACUUCAUUGACACAUGUAAUUUACGUGAGGUCUGCGUCUUGAUUUCGUAUAAACGUUAUUGGAAUAAAUGGUAGAAUGUUUAAAAAAAAAAUCACGAUGUUGAGUGAUACGUUCAGUGAGACAAGUGACUGAUGCAGUCAUAUUUUUGGAACUUUUCAUUGGAACUAGUGUAAUUAUCCGUUCACUGACAUGAAAAUAAAAACUGAAAUGAUUGGAAAAAAUGGAAACUAA